AUGGCCGUCAAUCGUGUCGUCUCCAACUUCCGCAACAUUCCACUACGGCCAUUUAUGCGGAAGACGGGCUACAACCUUCUCAUAUUUGCUUCUUGGGUUCCAGCAGUCAUCUUUUUUAAUGAAAAUAUUGGAGAAACCACAAAGAUUACAGGUGCUUCCAUGUACCCAUACCUCAAUACAUCAUACAACGAAUCCCGGAAGAAGGAUCUUUGUUGGGUGAACAAGUGGAACCCAGGUACCGGCUUGGAACGCGGCAUGCUUGUCUCAUUCUGGAGCCCCAGCCAUCCGGAUGUUCUCGCUGUCAAAAGAAUCAUAGCAAUAGAAGGUGAUAGGGUUUUCUCUCGCGCGCCAUACCCAGCGCCAAUUGCAGAUAUCCCGGCUGGCCAUGUCUGGGUGGAGGGUGAUAAUCGAGAUGGCAAUAAGUCUUUGGACAGCAACCAUUAUGGGCCAAUACCUAUAAGUUUGAUUCAGGGCAAAGUUACACAUGUGCUCCGGCCAUGGGCAAGCUCUGGACCGAUUAAAUGGGCAGAGUUUAGGGGUAGAACUAAAGUGAUAAGAGGACGGAAAGAAGAUGCUCUUCAAUGGGCUUGA